UCACAGAGUUCUGGAAAAAGCUCUGUGUUGGAAGCACUAUCUGGAGUGCCAUUGCCCAGAGGGAGUGGUAUUGUGACAAGGUGUCCACUGGAGUUAAAGCUGAGGAAGAUUAAAUGUGGCAUUCACUGGAAAGCAGUAAUAUCUUACAAUGAAGUAAUCAUUGAGUUUGAUGACCCAUCACUGGUUGAGGGCUACAUUCAGGCAGCCCAGAAUGAGCUGGCUGGAGAAGGUGUUGGGAUAUGUGAUGAACUCAUCACUCUGGAGAUCAUGGCUCCUGAUGUGUGUGACCUCACACUGAUCGAUCUCAUUGGGAUUGCCCGAGUUCCUGUAAAAGGUCAACCUGAGGACAUCGGACAUCAGAUCAAAAAUCUCAUAUGGAAAUAUAUAGAGAAGGACCAAACUAUAAAUUUGGUCGUGGUCCCAUGUAAUGUUGACAUAGCAACAACAGAAGCUCUGAAAAUGGCACAGGAAGUGGAUCCUGAGGGAAAAAGGACAUUAGCUAUUCUUACAAAGCCAGACCUUAUAGACAAGGGAACAGAGAAAAACAUCUUGGAUAUAAUCCGAAAUCAGGUCAUUCCCUUAAGCAAAGGGUAUGUCAUUGUUAAGUGCCGUGGCCAACAGCAAAUUGAUGAUAAAAUCUCUCUGUCUGACGCCACUCGAGUAGAGAGGGAAUUCUUCAGACGUCAUGAAUUCUUCAGUUGCUUGUUGCACGAGGAGAAAGCAACUAUACAGUGUCUUUCUACCAAACUGACUCAAGACCUGGUUGAUCACAUCAAAAAAUCGGUACCUCUGAUCUCAGAGGAGAUCAAGAAGCAGCUGUGGAGCUUGACAAAAGAGCUGAGUGAGUGUGAAGCUGGUCCACCACUGGACCCACAGAAGAGAAAGACCUUUUUUAUAGAUACCUUGACAAAAUUUAAUGAUAAGAUCAACCGCUUGGCAUCUGGGGAAGUGGUCAACAAUGAUAACUUGUUUGUAAUGCUUCGGUCUGAAUUCAAAAAGUGGAAAGAUCAUCUUGACAACACAAAGGCAUCAUUCCAAAAAACGGUACAGGAAGUGGUGACUGAAUAUGACCGGAAGCACAGAGGACAUGAGCUGCCUGGUUUCAGUGACUACAAGGUGUUUGAGACGGUGGUGCAGAAGCUUGUGAUCCAGCUAUCAGGACCAGCUAUUGACACACUCAGGGUCAUCAGAGAAAUCAUUCAGAAACAGUUUUCAGAUGUGUCCAAAACUUACUUGAACAACUACCCUUUCCUCCAUUCUGUUGCAAUGAACAAGAUCGACAACAUUCAGUCAAAGCAGGAAGCCAAGGUGGAGCAGAGGAUCAUGGAGCAGUUUGAGAUGGAGCAACUGGUCUAUACUCAAGAUGGCAUCUACUUCAAGACCUUGAAUGAGACUAAGCCUGCUAAGGCACAAAAUGCUUCAGAAGACAACUUUGCUGGGUUUGACAACAGAAACAAAUAUCCUGAAAUGCUGCGGGCUUAUUGUGAGAUUGUGGUGCAGCGCUUGGCUGACCAGGUGCCCAUGCUGAUCCGAUACUUCAUGCUGAAGGAAUCCGCUCAGAUGCUGUGCAGUGAGAUACUGGGUUUAGUGGACGGUGCCAACGUGGCCGAUGCCUUGCGUGAAGAGUCGAAUGUCAGCAGACGCCGCAUUGACAUGCAGAAUCGCAUGGACCGUCUUACCCGUUCUCAAGAAAAACUCAUCAACUUUGUUUGAAGCCAGGGGGCCACUGUAUAGCAACGUUUUACACCCUUUCUAGUUUAGCACCUGAAUCAACCUAUCAGCUAAUUACCUUUGUCUGAAUGUGGUGUGUUAAAAGAGGGAAAAUGCUAUUCUCUGUAGAUUUGUGCCCUUCAUCAUUGACACCACUGAUCUACACAAUAUGCUAUAUUCAGAAUUAUUUAGGCAGAGGUGAGGAGCAGGAGUGAUGAAUAGCCUUAGAGCAUGAGUUGAUGCAGGUGGUUAAAAUUCCUGAUGUCAGAGAACCCUUGUGCAGUUCAAUAGUUUCUACUUCAGUAAAGGUUUUAUACAGGCUUCAUAGAAUUCAUAUUGUCUAUGCAAAAGGCCUUAUGUUUGCAAUGAGUUGUGUUUGUUGAGUUUGCCUCUGUAUUGUGUUUCUUAUGUUGUCUUGUUUUGGAGUUUGUCAUUGUAUUGUUUGUUGUAUUGUCUUGUUUUUUGGGGUGAAUAAAAGUCA